AUGGGUCGCAUAAAACUAACACCCGAGUUAGCAUUUAGCGACGAAGAGCGUCAUUUUCUGGCCGCAGUGAUUCAAGUGCAUCCAUGUAUAUGGAACGAAUGCGAUCCGAACUAUCGCGAUUAUCAAAGUCGCGUCCAAUCAUGGAAUGUGAUUAUAGAGGAAUUUGCGAAGACAUUUGGACGUGAAGUGACUCAACAACAAAUGCACAAGCAAUACAAGAAUUUGAGGGAUGUCUACAUGAAGAAGAAUCGUGAACUUAAAGUGUUGUUGAACGCUGGUGAAGAUUUGAGUAGUGCAACAGUGACGAAAAUCUUCAGCUGGCCAUUCUAUCAUGAAUUGGAGUACUUGAGUUCGCUGGCUGCUGGACCAAGUGAGGUACCAGCCGUUUCUUUAAUGGUUGAAGAUGACCCAUUGUUUGAUGUGGAACCUCAGGAACAAGUCGACGAUAAAAGCCAAAUUGAGAAAGUGGCAGAAGACAAUUUCAUCCCAUCCACACCAAGUUCUGAAGUAGGCGCUACAGUAUCAACACGUUCCAGACGUGGUAGAAAAAGGCGUGCUGCAAAAGAGCGAGAGAACUCGUCCUCAGAAACCGAACUCCAAGGUCUGGUUGAAUUCGAUACGAAAGUACUUGAAGAGGUCCGUAAUAUUCUCAAAGAAUCCACACCACAAGUCAAGCAGGAACAGCCAUUAGAUUCAUUCGAUGCUAUAGGCUCCCAUUUAGCGAAUCGAUUGCGAAAGCUCAAUUCGCUUGACCCACUACGAUGCGAAGAGAUCCGUCUUAAGAUUGACCUGUUACAUGUCGAAAUUUCUAGGACAAUUUUAGAGAUUCAACGGAAACGGCCAAAUAGUAAAGAGUGA